UAUAAUUCAACCUCCACCUCAUUGUGAUUCCAUUUGCAGUGAAAACUAUUUUUUGUACAUGGACAAUGAGAUAAAUAGCCCAAACCAGCAGUCUCACAAGACCAUAACCUCUGCUGCUGGCGUAAAUGUUAUGGUUGUAGAUGAUGAUGUUAUAUGUCUCUCAAUAGUUGCAGGAAUUCUUAGAACACGGAGAUAUCAAGUUGUGACUGUUAAAAACCCCCUAGACGCUUUGGCUACACUUCGAUCGGGGAGUGAUUUCUUCCACCUUGUAGUAACGGAUGUGCACAUGCCUGAGUUGGAUGGAUUUGAAUUUCAAAAGAAAGUCCAGGAAGAAUUCCAGCUCCCUGUAGUCAUGAUGUCUGCUGAUGACAAAGAAAGUUCCAUGUUGAAGGGUUUAGAGGCUGGAGCUGCAUUUUACAUUGUGAAGCCUGUGAACUAUGAUGACCUUAAGAACAUAUGGCAAUAUGCUGUUGGUCCAAGGAAAGAUAAUUCUGUUGACAUGCAGGAUGUUGGACCUGCUCCAGAGGAGGAAUCGCCAGUUGAGAAAACACCUGAUGAUCCUGUCGAUAUAGAGUCUGUAUCAUCAGUAAAUGAAGUGAACCAGAGUAAGAGAGAUCCCAAGAAAAAGGCCUCCAAAAGGGUUAUUGAAGACAGUGGAAAAGAGAACAGUGAUGCUGUUUCACCCAAAAGGACAAAGGUCGUAUGGACAAGUGCGCUUCAUACCCGAUUCUUGGAAGCUGUAAGAAAAAUAGGCCUUGAAAGGGCUGUUCCCAAGAGGAUUCUUGAGCUCAUGAACAUGCCAGGAUUAACUAGGGAAAAUGUGGCUAGCCAUCUUCAGAAGUACAGAAUCUUUCUGCGACGCGUAGCUGAAGCAAGCAACUCUACUGGGAGUAGCACAGGAAAGCGCAUCGCGGAAAGAACUCUAAGAUCGAGCUUUGCCACCGGACACCCAUCACUGUUGAUUAGUGCUCUCCAGCAAGGGUUCCCACAGCUUCUGAACCAGCAACUAGUAGGAUCAUUGCUGCAACCAGGAUUCCCAGGAAAUAUCCAGAUUAAUGAUCCCACCCUUAGAGGAGCAAUUUUCCCUAAUCAGCAAGCUUCAAGCAGUAACCCUAGACCUCAACUUGGACAUGGACAGGGACAUUCAAUGAACAAUCAAGCUUAUUUGCAGCAACAACCUUUUGGCAACACUAAUGCUCUCCCCGAAGCCAAUGGUGGAGUUAUGAAUGGUGCAAAUCCAAUGCAAAUGAACCAACAGCAAACUCAAGCAAGAUCAGAACUUGUUCCAAAUGCCAUGUCUAACAACAACUUCACCGUCUUUGAGGGUUCUGGAAACAUUCAUGGGGUACAAAACAUGGAAUCUUUCAACAAUUCACAUCUGCCCCCAAAUUUUGACUGCAACAACAAUAUUGCUGGCUCAGGCCCAAUGGGAUUGUCAAAUGGUUUUAAUGGCAACUAUGGCUCAAUCGCUGGGAACAUUAACGGAAAUCUUGCAUUGUCGGAGAGUGUGAAUUCUGGUUAUUAUGCUCAAGGAGCAUAUUCUUCUGUAGGGUUAAGGAGCACGAACCAACCUCCAACAAGGUUCUCUAAUAUAACCCAACAGAACAAUAAUCCAAUGCUGCUGCCUUCACUGUCACUGCUGCAACAGAAUGAUCUUGGGAAUGGAGGAGGAGACAAUAGCUAUUUGCUUGAUCAUCUGAUGAAUACUACUGCUCCCAUGGAGAGCGUUUCUCCCCUUCAAUUUGCCGAAAGUGAACUCGAUGAACUUUUCCAAGGUCAUCUCAACAAUCUACAUAAUAAUGAGCAACAAGUUGGGGAAGAAGUUCAGAGCCAUGACUAUUCUAUCAACCUGAAUCCUGUGGAAAAUAACCCUCCUGAGAACCAACCGUCCUCCAACCAGGCAUGUCAAAUGCUUACUUCACCGACUCUAUUUAUAAAUUACUUCGCAUUUCAUAUCUCUACUAUUUUGUUUUUCUCGUAGCUUGUAGGUUGUCUAGAUUUUAUCAAACCUAAGUAACUAAAUUAAAUUGAAAAUAAAUUAUCAAUGCCGUAGUGAUAAU